GCUUCCUCUGUCUUCUUUCUCAAUCGGGCAUCAGCCAUGGCGGUGGUCGGAAACUUGGCGCUUCUUCUCGACGUGACGAUGCCGCCUGCCAUCGUACUUCCCGAGAGGAAAACGCGUCCGGUGGCUCUCGAUCUGAUAUUGAGCUUGUCGAAGCGGGAGCUUCAUCAUCUCACCGGUUCCAGCAACGUCCAUGCUUCUUCUCUGGCCGGGGGGAAGGGCUUCGAAUCGAAAGGGGAAGCGAGGAAUCAGAGAUUCGUGGUUCGAGGGAAGGAGAAUUCGAAGGUGAACGGGGUGGAUUUCGACAGCGACGAAGAGAACGGGAACGGGAACGGCGAGGAGGGAGAAGAGGAUCCGUUCGAUUGGGAGAAGGAGAUGAGGAAGAGAGUGAAGGAGAUCGAGGAGAUGAAAGAGUUGGAGAAGAAGGCGGAGGAGUUGCAGAGCAAGGCGGAAGAAGAGAUCAGUGAGAAUGGUGAAGAAGGGAGAGAAGAGACGGAGGAAGAGAAGAGGCAGAGAGUGAGAAAAGAGCUUGAAAAGGUCACCAAUUCGCUCCCUUUCCUCUCACUUGUUGACAUUGAAUGUUAGGUUUUGCUUGGUUUUUCUUUCUGCAAUUGUUGCUUCAGAAUUGGGGGAAUGAUGUGUGUAUAGGGUUUUGGUGAAAUUGUGAGAGCAGGUGGCUCAGGAGCAGGCAGAGAGGAGACAAACGGCUCAAUUGAUGUUUGAAUUAGGGCAAAAAGCUUAUGGGAGAGGAAUGUAUGGAAGGGCCAUUGAGUUUCUUGAAGCUGCUCUCACAAUAAUACCUAGGCUUACCUUGUUUGGGGGUGAGGUUAGUUUCCAAAUCCCACCACCAAUCCUCCUCAGUUUCUGUUCAAGUUCUUUGGAAUUCACCGGUUCUAAAGAUGGAUCUUUCAAGCUCUGCUCUUGGGUUUCAGAUUCAAAUAUGGUUGGCUAUGGCGUAUGAAGCUAAUAACAGACAUUCAGACUGCAUUACUCUCUAUCAACAACUAGAGCGGAAGCAUCCUAGUAUCAGCAUACGUCGCCAAGCUGCUGAACUUCGUUACAUCUUGCAAGCGCCCAAGCUCAAGAUAUCCCAAGAAGAAAUGGUUACCAUUCCACUCAUUGGUUCCACUUACGACAGCUAUGCAUCAUCGUGGACCGAUAAGUACAAGGACAAGGAUGAAAAGAGUAGUUGGACGACAACCAAUCAGCUUCCUUCGUCGAGAGACUAUUUAGGAGAGCUCCUGCAAUGGCGACCUCCAACUGGAUUGGAGAACAACCAAGCUUUCUGGGUGGCCCUCGCAUUUUGGCUUGCCUUGGUUGGAGCUGCCAUUUUCCUACAAAAUUGAAUCUCAGUAGUGUAAACUCUAGUGCAAUUUACUUUACCACGAUGUGAUGUGUAUGUACGUGCAAUCUUGGUUAGAUCCUUCCAUUGUGUAUAUCAUAUGUUUUUUUUUUUUGAUGAAUUAUAUCAUAUGUUUGUAUCGUCCAUUCGCUUCGAAUAGUGGCAAGUACAUCGCGUCACUUCUAAAUCAUGAAAUCCGGGUUAUUGAAUUUUGGUGAA